AUGGCCAUCACCAAGAUCCACGCUCGCUACGUCUACGACUCUCGUGGCAACCCCACCGUCGAGGUUGACGUCGUCACCGAGACCGGCCUUCACCGUGCCAUCGUCCCUUCCGGUGCUUCCACUGGCCAGCACGAGGCUUGCGAGCUCCGCGAUGGUGACAAGACCAAGUGGGGUGGCAAGGGUGUCACCAAGGCCGUCGACAACGUCAACAGCAUCAUUGCCCCCGCCCUGAUCAAGGAGAACCUUGAUGUCAAGGACCAGACCAAGGUCGACAAGUUCCUCAUCGACCUCGACGGAACCCCCAACAAGACCAAGCUCGGCGCCAACGCCAUCCUCGGUGUCUCCCUGGCUGUUGCCAAGGCUGGUGCUGCUGAGAAGGGUGUCCCUCUGUACGCCCAUGUCUCCGACCUGGCCGGAACCAAGAAGCCUUUCGUCCUGCCCGUUCCCUUCAUGAACGUCCUCAACGGAGGCUCCCACGCUGGUGGCCGUCUGGCCUUCCAGGAGUUCAUGAUCGUCCCCUCUGACGCUCCCUCCUUCUCUGAGGCCAUGCGCCAGGGUGCCGAGGUUUACCAGCAGCUCAAGAGCCUGGCCAAGAAGAAGUACGGCCAGUCCGCCGGCAACGUCGGUGACGAGGGUGGUGUUGCCCCCGAUAUCCAGACUGCCCAGGAGGCUCUUGACCUCAUCACCGAUGCCAUUGAGAAGGCUGGCUACACUGGCAAGAUGAACAUUGCCAUGGACGUUGCCUCCUCUGAGUUCUACAAGGAGGACGCCAAGAAGUACGACCUGGACUUCAAGAACCCCGAGAGCGACCCUACCAAGUGGAUCACCUACGAGGAGCUCGCGGCUCUGUACUCGGAUCUCUGCAAGAAGUACCCCAUCGUCAGCAUUGAGGACCCCUUCGCCGAGGACGACUGGGAGGCCUGGAGCUACUUCUACAAGACCCAGGACAUCCAGAUUGUCGGUGAUGACUUGACCGUCACCAACCCCCUCCGCAUCAAGAAGGCCAUUGAGCUCAAGUCCGCCAACGCUCUCCUGCUCAAGGUCAACCAGAUCGGAACCCUGACCGAGUCCAUCCAGGCCGCCAAGGACUCCUACGCCGACGGCUGGGGUGUCAUGGUUUCUCACCGUUCCGGUGAGACUGAGGAUGUCACCAUCUCCGACAUCGUCGUCGGUAUCCGCGCUGGCCAGAUCAAGACCGGUGCGCCUGCCCGUUCCGAGCGUCUUGCCAAGCUCAACCAGAUCCUCCGCAUCGAGGAGGAGCUUGGCAGCAACGCCGUCUACGCCGGUACCAACUUCCGCAAGGCUGUCCAGCUGUGA